CACACACACACACACUCACACUCACUCACCUUUCCUCUUUCUCUGCUUCGCAAUCUCCGCCGACAAUGCAGCUCCUCCUCCUCGCCGCCGCAGCGGUCCUCUCCCUCUCCCUCCUCCUCCCCUCCCCCGCCGCCGCCCACAACAUCACCCGCAUUCUCGACAAAGACCCCGCCUUCUCCACCUUCAACCACUACCUCACCGUCACCCAGCUCGCCCCCGAGAUCAACCGCCGCGAGACCAUCACCGUCUGCGCCGUCGACAACUCCGCCAUGUCCGACCUCCUCUCCAAGCACCUCUCCCUCGGCGCCAUCAAAAACGUCCUCUCCCUCCACGUCCUCCUCGACUACUUCGACGCCAAGAAGCUCCACCAGAUCACCGACGGCACCGCCCUCGCCGCCACCAUGUUCCAGGCCACCGGCGCCGCCACCGGCUCCGCCGGCUUCGUCAACAUCACCGACCUCAAGGGCGGCAAAGUCGGCUUCUCCCCGCAGGACAACGCCGGCGACGUCUCCGCCACUUUCGUCAAAUCAAUCGACGCCAUCCCCUACAACAUCUCCGUCAUCCAGAUCUCGUCCAUUCUCCCCUCCCCCGAGGCCGAGGCCCCCGCCCCCGCCCCCAGCCAGAUCAACAUCACCGCGCUCAUGUCCAAGCACGGCUGCAAAAUCUUCGCCGAGACGCUCCUCGCCAAUCCGGCGGAGAAGACAUUCGAGGACAAUGUGGAGAGCGGAUUGACCGUCUUCUGCCCCGGCGACGACGCGAUGAAGGCAUUUUCCCCCAAAUUCAAAAACCUAACCGCCGCGGGGAAGCAAUCGCUCCUCGAAUACCACGGCAUCCCGAUCUACCAAUCCAUCCCCGGCCUCAAAUCGAGCAACGGAAUCACCAACACUCUCGCCACCGACGGCGCCAGCAAGUUCAGCUUCGACGUCAAAAACGACGGAUCUGACGUCACGAUCUUCACGAAGCUCGUCACGGCGAAGAUCGUCAACACGCUGGUGGAUGAGCAGCCGCUCGCGAUCUACCAGGUGAACAAGGUGUUGCUGCCGGAGGAGCUGUUUAAAGGAGCUCUGUCGCCUUCUCCGGCGCCGGCGCCGGGUCCGGAGGCCGAUGCGGAGUCGCCGAAGUCGUCGAAGAAGAAGCACAAGUCGCCGCCUGCGCCGCCGGAGGCGCCGUCUGAUUCUCCGGCGGAUGCUCCGGAUGGAGAUGUGGCGGAUCAGUCGACUAACGGCGGCGCUAGAUUUAACGGCGGAGGAUUCGUUGCCGUGAUUUUGAGUCUCGGGUUUGCAUUUCUUCAGCUGUAGAUUUGUCUUAUUUUUCUGAAUUUUUGCUGUUUUGUUGUUUGUUUGUAUUUUACUCUUAUUUUUGUUUAUUUUUAUUUGAGAUAUUAUUGAGCCUUUGAUGGCCAUUUAA